GUGUGGAAUCAAUGAAAGAACGAACGAGGAACGAUCAAAACUUAAACAUGGUGCUUCUCGAUAUUCUAUCAUGGAUGGCAACGCUUGCUACUAUAGGAUUUUAUCUCACCGGAUUGAUAGACUGUAAAGAAAUUAUAGACCGGCAAUCAGCUGGGACUACUCCUUUUCUUCCAUUCCUAACUACUCAUUUUUGUUGUGGUCUGUGGUUAUGUUAUGGCUUCAUCAAGGCAGAUCCAACUGUGAAGUUUGUAAAUGCUGCAGGACUGGGUUUAUCAGCCAUUUAUAUGGUUUGCUAUAUUAGUUACAGCAACAACAAGAGCCGACAGUUUACAUUAGUGAUACUAACCAUGGCAGUUGCUAUGGGUAUUGAGUAUUAUCUAACACGUAUCAUCAAGGACAAGAGAGUCAGGGCAGAUUAUCUUGGAUUGGCAUGUAUCAUCACUACUAUGUUAAUGCAGGCUUCUCCACUUUUUACUGUGGUGACAGUAUUGAAGACUAAAAGCACAGAAACAAUGCAAUACUUCUUCAGUCUCAUGAUGACUGUUGUGUCACUUAUUUGGUUCACUUAUGGCUUCGUACUACAAGAUUCUACUAUCAUGGCCCCAAAUAUUUCAGGAGUACUAUUAGGUCUAAUUCAGCUGUCAAUGUUCCUGGUAUUCCCAUCCAAGCAAGUUGCUGCCAAGAAAGCUGAUUAAAUUAUGCUCUUAAUUUCAGCUUGAAAUUCCUAAACUAUAUUUUACAAUGUAUUGGAUGGAUUUCUUUUUGCUGGUGUAUUUCAAUAGGUUUUACUAAAAGUAUUGGUUAAGAAGUGAAUUUGUGUAAGCUAGCCACAUAUAAUGAAUAAAGUUGCAAUUUUUUGUA